UUCUGUGCGAUGUGUGGCUAUGCCGGCACAGACGGAUCACGGUUCUUCCAGCACAUCCGUGGCCAUCUUCCCAGAGCCGUUUUGCAGCCACGGACACCAGCGCCCAGAUCAGGAGAGUUGGAUCCUUCAGAGCAGGCGUCGACGCAGCGCCCAGCAGACCUGCAGGUGGCGGCAGCGGCGGCGGGGAUUGGGCGAGGCCCGGGCCUCCACGCAGGUGGCGGACCCGUUCGCCGAGGGGCCGACGUGGGCUGGCGGGCUCGCGCUGGCGCAGGCGGACGCCGAUCCCAAAAAGCAAGGGCGUUGGCAAAGGCAAAGGCAGAGAUGCAGAUCGAGUGGAGCAGGUCGCGAUCGCCACAGCCAAGCUGACCAUGAUAGUCGCCACAGACGCGCAAAAUCGGCAGGCGGCAGUGUACGAGGCGUGGGAGCUGGAGGCCAGCAAACCGAUGGCGGAGUUUGCGGUCCAGGCGGGCCAGAAAUACGACGCGGACGCUAAGGAGCUCAAAAAGAAACACGCGGUCGACAGCCAGGUCGACACAGGUUCGCUCAGACCACCACACCUGGUCAUCGCGGCGGCCGCGAUCAAAGGCAUCUCGACGCUCGUGACCGAGGACUCCGAGAAGGUGCCCACGGAGUUCUGGACGACGGUAGUGCGCCAGGAGGGCCCAGAGUUCCUGGGGAGCUGCAUCACGCACUUCCAGGCGAAGAAGAACAAGGCGCCGAACAAGAAAGAGAAACAGCAUGAAGCUGAGUCGCGACAUCCUGAUCACGGGGCUCCGGAAGGAGGGACCCCAGAGGAAGCUGGGCUCGGCGCCGCGCGGUCCACCCCCGCGCGAGCUGAAGAGCCUGGGGCAUUCGACCUUGAAAUAGAGUUGGAGCUGGUUGGUGAAGCAGUCCCGAGGGUGCAGACCCGCGGGAGGCCACGGACACCGCAGCCGAACACACGUAGAGCCCCGAAUGAGCCACCGACAGCUUUCAGAGAGAGUAGACGAUGAGCUGAGCUAGCAGCCGCUGGCCGCCUGCCAGCCCCGCGGGAGCUUAGCUUGCCUGUUCCAGUCCUUCAGUCCUCCCUCGACUCCAACCUCCUCACUUCUCGUCCGGAGACCCCUCGAGCACGAGGAAAGGGCGAGGGAUAUAGAACCUUCUCAGCCAAUCAGAGCGGCCUUGGUGCAACGAAAAUGUGCGCAGGCGAAUCGAGUGACCCCGGUUCUUGCGUGGCUUUUUGGACAGAGCUUGCUUUGAGCACUGUCUUAGGGCUUGGUUCAUGGGCGACAAUGUUUGCUCCUGCGUCGUCGCCUCCCUCUUUCUUCGCCCUCCUCGAUCGUAGAACAUCAUUAUGGUGCUGCUGACGGGACGUGAGCCCUCGUAGUCUCUCG